AAGCCGCCUGCUGGCUCCUCACCCACCCCAUUCCAUCCCCUUGGCGGGGACUGACCCAGCCGGCUGGGCGGCCGGCAGCCGAGUUGCAGAAUCCAAGGACCCCUUUUAUUCUUCCUCCAUAUUGCUUCAUGGGAGGCAUUAUGGCCCCCAAAGACAUAAUGACGAAUACUCAUGCUAAAUCCAUCCUCAACUCCAUGAACUCCCUCAGGAAGAGCAAUACCCUCUGUGAUGUGACGCUGAGAGUAGAGCAGAAAGACUUUCCUGCCCAUCGGAUUGUGCUGGCUGCCUGCAGUGACUACUUCUGCGCCAUGUUUACAAGUGAGCUUUCAGAGAAGGGGAAACCUUAUGUUGAUAUCCAAGGUUUAACUGCCUCUACCAUGGAAAUCCUGUUGGACUUUGUGUACACAGAAACAGUACAUGUAACAGUGGAGAAUGUACAAGAACUGCUCCCUGCAGCCUGUCUGCUUCAGCUGAAAGGUGUGAAGCAAGCCUGCUGUGAGUUCUUAGAGAGUCAGCUGGACCCUUCUAAUUGCCUGGGUAUCAGGGAUUUUGCUGAAACUCACAACUGUGUUGACUUGAUGCAAGCAGCUGAGGUUUUUAGCCAGAAGCAUUUUCCUGAAGUGGUCCAGCACGAAGAAUUCAUUCUUCUAAGUCAAGGCGAGGUGGAGAAGCUAAUCAAGUGUGAUGAAAUUCAGGUGGAUUCUGAAGAACCAGUCUUUGAGGCUGUCAUCAACUGGGUGAAGCAUGCCAAGAAGGAGCGUGAAGAGUCCUUGCCUGACUUGCUACAGUAUGUGCGCAUGCCCCUGCUGACCCCCAGGUAUAUCACGGAUGUCAUUGAUGCUGAGCCAUUCAUCCGCUGUAGCCUACAGUGCAGAGAUCUGGUUGACGAAGCAAAGAAGUUUCACCUGAGGCCUGAGCUUCGGAGCCAAAUGCAGGGCCCACGGACCAGGGCUCGCCUAGGAGCCAAUGAAGUGCUUCUGGUGGUUGGGGGCUUUGGAAGCCAGCAGUCUCCCAUCGAUGUGGUUGAAAAAUAUGACCCCAAGACUCAGGAGUGGAGCUUUUUGCCGAGCAUCACUCGAAAGAGACGGUAUGUGGCCUCAGUGUCCCUCCAUGACCGGAUCUACGUAAUUGGUGGUUAUGAUGGCCGUUCCCGCCUCAGUUCAGUGGAAUGCCUGGACUACACAGCAGACGAGGACGGGGUCUGGUAUUCUGUGGCCCCAAUGAAUGUCCGACGUGGCCUUGCUGGGGCUACCACCCUGGGAGAUAUGAUCUACGUCUCUGGAGGCUUUGAUGGAAGCAGGCGCCAUACCAGCAUGGAGCGAUAUGACCCAAACAUUGACCAGUGGAGUAUGCUGGGCGAUAUGCAGACAGCCCGAGAGGGUGCUGGACUAGUAGUGGCCAGUGGAGUGAUCUACUGCCUAGGAGGAUAUGACGGCUUGAAUAUCUUAAAUUCAGUUGAGAAAUAUGAUCCUCACACAGGACACUGGACUAAUGUUACACCAAUGGCCACCAAGCGUUCUGGUGCUGGAGUGGCCCUACUGAAUGACCAUAUUUAUGUGGUGGGGGGAUUUGAUGGUACAGCCCACCUGUCUUCCGUUGAAGCAUACAACAUUCGCACUGAUUCUUGGACAACUGUUACUAGUAUGACCACUCCACGGUGCUAUGUAGGGGCCACAGUGCUUCGGGGGAGACUCUAUGCGAUUGCAGGAUAUGACGGCAAUUCCCUGUUGAGUAGCAUUGAAUGCUAUGACCCUAUCAUUGACAGCUGGGAAGUGGUGACAUCUAUGGGAACGCAGCGCUGUGAUGCUGGUGUGUGUGUUCUCCGAGAGAAGUGACCAUUGUUGGAGCACCAUCCACGGCUAGUGACUAGUUCAAGGGACACUUUGUGGGAGAAUCAAGGAUCCUUUCCAGAAUGUCUUAUUUCUCACUGUGUGCACAGGGUGAUUACAGGCACCACUGCAGUGAUGAUUGUACUUACUGACACACAUUUCGCACACUGGUUAAGUCCCUCAGAAGGGUGGCUAACAGAUACUUAACGGAGAGAAUGCACACUGAAGGGGUGUAAGACUGGAUCCUUGUCCAUCUGGCCUGCAGAGCACUGUCGUCAUGUCUGACUUCCCACAUGCUUGGGAGAAUGUGUAUAUGUUGUGCCUCAUCGGCAGAGAACCUCAUGUGGAUGGAGUCCAGCCUGGAAAAGCGGAAGGACACCAGCUUGAGUAAACUUGGUAAAGUUCAAGUGUUUUUUCCAGGAACAAAUAACUUCUCUAAUGUACUGGUAGCUAGAGGCACCACAGUUUCAUUCUGGAGGCAAAGAGAAGGAAGAAUACCCCCAUCAUAACUUUGGUGCCAGGAGAGGGAUUCUCAAGACACUCCCUUGGUGUGGGGGACAGGGUUGGCAUCUCAGAACUGAGGUUAGAAUAAAUGACAGGAGCUGAAUUUUGAUGCAAUGUGAAUUAAUCUGGAACACCACUGAAACAACCUGGAAGACUGAAGAGGACGUUACUGGACAGAUAUUUUUAUUUCCCCAAGAUCUUUCUAAAGUAGAGUUGUACAUCUUGGCACUGAAAACCCUGAGAGAAUAAUGGUGAACAAAAGUUGAGAUGAGACUUCAGUAUAUCUGGGGGUUAAUUAGAAGUACCUGUGAUUCUGCAAUUGUCUUAUUCCCUGCCAGGACUCAUGUAGCCUUGGCAGUGUUUGUCUUGAAUGGGUAAAAGACUGUCCGUCUUUGUUGAACAAACACUACUAUACCGGUACACUUAUUAUUUAUUUGGGGAUGGGUUGGGAGUGGCAGCAGCCUAAAAGUUCAGCUACCUGAUUACUGCCCCAGUUUUUCAAGGGCACACUUCUGCUAAAGAGUGGUUUUUACUGCUGUGAUUGGUGCAUCUAGUUUUCUUUCCAGUUAGUUCCAGCACCUUUGCCAUCGCAUUCUGAGCUCCCUUGUGUCAUGGAGUGAAGUUCUUGCUUUGUGGAUACUGCAGGUGUGGGAAUGUGGUAACCUAAACAAGGAUGCAUUUUUCCCUUUGCUCUGGAACUUCAUUUUUUCCCCUCUUUUCCCUGAGUUGUAUUAACUGACAGAGUUCAUUUCCUUUGUAUUUUUUUAAGAAAAUAUUAAAAUUGUCUCAAAUGCCUUUAAGAAUGUGGCUAAGCACCUCUGUUUUCAGCAGACAUUUUGGGGGACAGGCAUAAGGAUUAGCUGUACUUUCCAUCUUCAGUCUGGUCACCUGUGUGUUUGUCAAAUACCCCUGGUGUUUUUCCUUUAAAAGUUUCUAAGAGGCAAGAUUGAAAAAAAAAAAAAGUUGCUAAGAGAUAGCAUUUUACCACCAUGGAGAUCUUAUAAGUAAAAUGUUUACC